ACUUUCCCCACAUGGGCGACCAGAAUCAAUAAAAGAGAUUGCGGGGAAGAACAUCAACCGAGACUCAAAUCUGGACAUCGGAAUAAAAAGAGAGAGAGAGAGAUCCAAAUUCGAUCGAGAACCGGAGGUAUUUGUCAGGUUUAUUCAUCUAAUUCCAGUCCUACGUUGUAAGCUUGUGGAAACUUCAAUUUGCAUCUGAUUAAGAAAGCAGGGUAGCUAGAACAUCAUAGGAAUUUCAAAUAAUUGCAUCUGUAUUUCCGGAACGGUGGAAAAGUUGACUCUUUUUCUCACAUGCCAGCUGAUCUUAUGAUAUGGAGGGUUUUAACGAAUUGUGUUGGGUUUGAAAGUUGUAUUCUUUUUCAUCCUGGUACACUCUUUUCUGGUUUGGUUCGAGUUCUGGGAUUUACACCAAGCAGAACUGUUAUUCCUCACUGGAAUCCUCUCUAGUUUUUUCUUGUUUUCCAGUUAUUGUGCUUGUUUGGUAUAUCACCUCUGAUACGCAAACUUCAAGUGUCUAGAAGUUUCAGUUUGAAAGAAAAGUAAUUCACCUCAAAGAGGAAACUGUGCUCCUAAGUUUUAGAAGCCCGUGGUGAUUACUAUGAGGAUUUGGGAAUAAGACAGCGGUUUCUUUAUAUAUAUGGCACAACCCUGCAGUUGUGAUGGUGAUGAUGAGCCUGAGUGGAUUAAAAAGGUGAAAUCAGAAGGUGCUGUUCCGUUUCUUGAUCCUGAAAACUGUUCCAAUGGUUGGGCAUCUCCAGCUGGUGACGUUUUCAUGGUAAGAGGCCCGGACUACUUUUCAAACAGAGUCAAAAUUCCAGGCGGCGAAUAUCUUCUGAAGCCUCUGGGUUUUGAUUGGAUUAAAGGCCCUUCAAAACUCUCCAAUCUCAUGUGCAAUCCCAAACACCGCAUCAGGAGGGCUCUUUUGGAUGAAUUCCCGGCGUCAGGUGGCGAGAAGCCCUUCGUUUGGGCUUUCAACUUGCAAGUUCCCAGCAAGGAAAACUACAGCGCGGUUGCGUAUUUUGUGGACGUGGGACCCACAACCGAGGGGUCGUUGAUAGACCAGUUCCUGAGAGGAGACAUCGCGUUCAAAAACUCAAGGCUAAAAUUGGUGGCGAAUAUUUCCAAAGGACCUUGGAUUGUGAAAAAGGCAGUUGGGGAGCAGGCCAUAUGCGUCAUCGGACGGGUACUCACUUGCAAUUACUGCACCGGAGACAAUUUCAUCGAAGUCGAUAUAGACAUUGGGUCCUCGGUGGUUGCGAAUGCAAUUGUUCACCUUGCAUUCAACUACUUGACAAAGCUGACUGUUGACAUAGCCUUUCUUAUUGAGAGCCAAAGUCAACCAGAACUUCCCGAACGAAUCUUGGGAGCCGUGAGGUUCUCCGAGCUGGACCCCGCUUCAGCGAGGACAGCUGAAGUUCUAUCACCUGAGCAGAGCUUGGAAAGGUCGCAGUCCUCGUUGUCUCAGCUAUGGAAGUCGCUUGGGAACAGCUUUUCCUCCAUUCACAAGGGUGCUCAAGAAAGCUUUGAUAUCUCUGGAGGAGGAGAGAAUGUAGACUAGGUAAGUGUCUUAUGGGCACAUAAACACCACAUUUUCUUUCUUUUUUCUAACAUAAAUGUUCUCAAGUAGCAUCAAUUUCUUUUUAGAACAGAUAUUGGUUGUUUGGGUUGAUUGUUUGUUACUGAAAGUAUCUGGAUAGUUGUUGUUUAAGAAAAAAGCGUUUGGGAA